UAUUUCCUCUUUUCCCAAAUGAACGAAGGCAGAGGGUAUAGGGUUGAUUGAGCAGGCAGCUGGUACCGACACAGAGCCAAGCUGGGCUCUGGGUGGAGGCUGUUCUGUCAUGAGGUUGGCUGUGCUCUUCUCUGGGGCCUUGCUGGGUCUACUAGCAGCCCAGGGGACAGGGAAUGACUGUCCUCAUAAAAAAUCGGCCACUCUGCUGCCAUCCUUCACGGUGACACCUACAGCUACAGAAAGCACAACAAGCCCUGGAACAACCAGCCACAGAACGACCACGAGCCACAAAACGACCACGAGCCACAAAACGACCACUUACACAGCUACCACCACUCAUAAAACUACCACCACAGGCACCACCAGCCACGAGUCUUCAACAGCCACUCACCAUCCUGCUACCACCACCAGUCACGGAAAUGCCACCGUUCAUCCAACAAGCAACAGCACUGCCACCAGCCCAGGACCCUCCACCAGAUCCCCCCGCCCAGGACCACCUCCACCCUCUCCAAGUCCUAGCCCAGGUUCCAAGGAGGCGAUAGGAGACUACACUUGGACUAACGGUUCCCAGCCCUGCAUCCGGCUCCAAGCCCAGAUUCAGAUUCGAGUUCUGUACCCAACCCAGGGUGGAGGAGAGGCCUGGGGAAUCUCUGUUCUGAACCCCAACAAAACCAAGGCCCAAGGGGGCUGUGAGGGUGCUCAUCCCCACUUGCUCCUCUCAUUUCCCUAUGGACAGCUCAGCUUUGGAUUCAAGCAGGAGCCACUGCAGAGAACCGUCUACCUGAACCAUAUGACUGUGGAGUACAACGUAUCCUUUCCCCAGGCAGCGCAGUGGACAUUCUCUGUUCAGAAUUCAUCCCUUCGAGAUCUCCAAACCCCUCUGGGCCAGAGCUUCAGUUGCAGAAACGCAAGCGUCAUUCUUUCACCAGCUUUCCACAUUGACCUGCUCUCCCUGAAGCUACAAGCUGCUCAGCUGCCCCCCACAGGGGCCUUUGGACCAAGUUUCUCUUGUCCCAGUGACCAAUCCAACUUGCUGCCUCUCAUCAUUGGCCUGAUCUUACUCGGCCUCCUCAUCCUGGUGCUUGUUACCUUCUGCGUUGUCCGGAGACGCCCACCCACUUACCAGCCCCUCUGAGCAUUUGUCCCAACAGCCAGGGCACCAGGAGGUGCCCUCAUUUCUCACCACUCAACUGACUCAGAGACAAAGUUAUCUUCCUUCCCUGUCUUGAUGAACAAAAGUAGAGAUAAUGCAAUCGGGAGGGAUGAGGAGAGAGAUGUUUAUUAAAUAUGACUGAUUCCCCCUCCCCCAUAUCCAGUGGGAGCAUAGUAAAACUUGAUCAAAUCUCUA